UGCGGUAAUAAUUUUGAUUUUUGCAUAACCUUAUAUCAAUACUUUUGUUUUUAUACGAAAAAAUACAAUAUUAGAUUAAUGUUUUCUGCAAUCAAUGGUUAGCAAUAUACAUAUUGAUACUUGUAAGUAACAUUAUUUUACAUAAUAUAGAACACUGUUAAGAAAAGAAAUCAAACAUGUUAUCAUCGAUUGUCAAGGAGCACCAAAGUAAACAAGCAGCAAGAAAGGAAAGGCAAGAACAGAAACGUAAGGAGGCUGUUCAAGCUGCUAACAAUUUAACUCAAGCACUUGUAGAUCAUUUAAAUGUUGGGGUAGCACAGGCAUAUUUGAAUCAAAAAAAGCUUGAUGCUGAAGCUAAACAAUUACAACACAGUGCAACCAAUUUUGCCAAACAGACACAAUCCUGGUUGAAUUUAGUGGAAUCAUUUUCAAGUGCCUUGAAAGAAAUUGGUGAUGUCGAAAAUUGGGCUCGAAGCAUAGAAGGUGAUAUGAGAACGAUUGCCACUGCCUUGGAAUAUUCUUACAAAGCUACACAAGAAACUCAAGCUGCAGGAUCAUCUUAAAAGCACAGAUUUAUGUGCUUUGAUUCUUUAGAUUUAUAAACGAGAUAGAUUCUUUUAUUUUAUCCAUUCCACAUAGAUGAAAAAUUAGAAAUUAUUUGUAUAAUUAUUAUUCAUGUAA